AUGAGUAUAUGCUUAGGAUCAGAUCUUUUGAAAGGUGCAUCGCUAUCCAAGAAAGACAUCUGUUUAAAUCAGCAAAACGGUCUUCAAGAGGCGCAAUCUAUAUUGAUUCAUCAAUUACAAUCACUAUGCAAUGAUAGGUACAAGAAAAAUACCGGGCAGCCGAAAAUUGCCAAUGAAGCUGUAUUGAGUGAAGAUACAAGCAACAAGAAUGGGUUAAAGAAACAUGAAAUUGAGAGGAAAUCUACAGAAGAAGGAGAAGGGUCAGGAGAGACUACAGAGAAAGGUAUUGUAAUGGGAAGUGUAGAAACAAACAAUACAUUGAGUAUCACGGAGAAAGUGAACCUGUGGGACUCUAAGGAGAGAAGCAAUAUGAGAAUAACUAUGGGGAAAGCUAAAAAAGAGGGAAAAGCUGCAAGAAGCGGUAUUGAUGUGGAGGUCACAGAGGUAAUCAAUAUAGAGACUGAUGGAUAUAGAGUCAAUCCUCAAGACGUUACAUCAAUGAUUAGUUUGGAGAAAAGGAAGGAAGAAGAAAACGCGAGCAGCGUAUCUAGAGAGAGCCAUACUGAUGAAAUGUUUUCAAAAGACGUUGAAGAAACGUCGAAAGACAAGAAGCAAGAAGCAUCAGAAACAUUGUGUCCAAUCCUUGAAUCACCAAGAUUUCUAAAUGGUUGGGUUGAAAAUGACAUGGAAGGUGAAGAUGAAUAUAAAGAUUACAGUGGAGAUAGUGUGAACUAUGAUUGGGUUAGCCACAUAUCGCGACCACGGAGUUAUUGGGACGAUCUAAGGAAGGAAAGGGAGCUGGAGAUUAUCAAGAGGCAUUCAAAGAAUGAUGAUAUUUUUCAGAAAUUGAUCAAGGAGUAUGUUCAAUGAUCUAUUCUUUUUUUUUCUUAACUUGUUUAAAUUUUUGGUGUUUUGAGCUUGUGAUUGACUGUGCAGAAAGACGGUUUUUAGCUUCCUGACAAGCGACUUCCGGAAAGAGAUUGAAAAAAUUCUUAUCUCACGGCCACAAAAAGGGUUAGAAGUAAAAGGCAAUCAUGUGGAUGGAGAAGCUAGUGAGGAGUGCUCGGCAGAAUACCAAGAGAAACUAAAAGAAAAGGAAACAGAGAGUGUGGAUCUUGAAAGUGUAAUUGUAUGUGAUGGUUUCAGCCAAGACUCAGCUAAAAGUACGAUGAAAACGUGGAUCUUCGAAGAUCAUGAACCCUACCUUAAGGAUCAUGAGAAUACCUCCUCUGUGAGUUUUGCUCUUUUUUCUUCUUCUUAGGUCAGUAUGGUUACGUGUUAGUGAAGUAACAGAUUUAUGUUUCACAUAGGAGACACAGAUGAUAUGUGGUCUCAUGGAAGAAGUUAAAAAGAUGCAAAGAGAAAUGGUAGAACUAAAAGGCUUUGUCAAAUCUUGCGUCUAUUUCCAGAAAUUCAAAUCAGCUUCAGGUGAGUGAGCUUUUAAAAGUAUUCUUGGUUCAAUUAAAAACCCAUCGAGAUUCCACCAUUGAAUGAUGUAACUGUAACUAUGAAUUUUUCUCAAUGUCAGUUUCAGAUUCUUUGCAAGGAAACUGUUCUGUCUGCUUCGAGAAGCCUAUAGACUCGCUUCUAUAUAGGUACGUUUAUGUAUGCUUGCAGAACCUGAUAAUGAUUCCGUCCAAACGCAAAAGCUGUAACAGAAUCGCGAUUUCAUUUUGCACUUUUGCAGGUGUGGACAUAUGUGCACGUGUCUGAAAUGUGGCCAUGAGCUUCUUUGGAGUACCAAGAAAUGUCCGAUAUGUAUGGCUCCAAUUAUAGAUGUUGUCAGAGCAUUUCUUGAUUCUUAGGGCUCAAAAAACAAAUGAUAUAGAAAAUAAAACUAAAACUGUACCCAGUAUUGUAAAUUAUCAAUAAGGUGAAACAA